UUGUUUUACCUGAGGGGCCUGAGGAUUUCCCGUGUGCUUGAAGACAAAACGUCGGCAACUUGGCUCUGUAUAAUCCCAAAAAUUCUGAGUUUACUUAGAAUAGCAAGAAUUUGAUACUUGAUUUAGGAGAUGUCCACAUCAGCUGAUCAGAGGUACGCUAACAUUUUGGACGCCCAAGCUGUCAACAAUUUUGUAGAAUAUUUGAGAAUUCCAUCAGUUCAUCCUGACAUAAAUUAUGAUAGUUGUAUCAAGUUCCUUGAAAAACAGGCCCAAGGGUUGGGUUUGCCAAUUAAAAUCUAUACUUGUGUUCCUAAAAAACCAAUAGCAGUAAUAACAUGGGUUGGAACAGAACCCUCUUUGCCUUCAGUUUUGUUGAACAGUCAUAUGGAUGUUGUGCCAGUUUUUGAGGAGAAAUGGACCCAUAAACCAUUCAGUGGGGAUAUUGAUGAAAAAGGAAACAUUUAUGCAAGAGGGUCCCAGGACAUGAAAUGUGUUGGUAUUCAAUAUUUAGAAGCUAUUAGAAGGCUAAAAGAAAGGGGCAAGACAUUGAAGAGAACCUUACAUGUUUCUUUUGUACCAGAUGAAGAAAUUGGUGGGGUUGAUGGAAUGAGCAAAUUCGUAGAAACCAAAGAUUUUGAAGCCUUAAAUGUUGGAGUUGCAUUAGAUGAGGGCAUGGCCAGUGCAAACGAUGAUUUUAUUUUAUUUUAUGGGGAAAGGUGUAUUUGGCAUUUACAUAUUCACAUCCCUGGUCAACCUGGUCAUGGAUCCCUUUUACUUGAUGAUACAGCUGGCGAAAAGUUGAACGUUUUGUUAAACAAAUUUUUUGCGUUUAGACAUCAGGAAAAGAAUAAACUUAAAAGUGAUAAAACAUUGUCAAUUGGAGAUGUUACUACAGUUAAUCUCACUCAAAUAAGGGGUGGAGUUCAAUCAAAUGUGGUUCCACCAGAAUUGAUUGCCGUUUUUGAUAUUCGUAUUCCCGUUACUGUUGAUAUUGUGGAAUUUGAAAAUAACAUAAAUAAAUGGUGCAAGGAAGCCGGUGAAGGAAUUUGGAUUGAAUAUGAGCAAAAGCAAGAUCAAGUUCCUGUUACCAAGCUUGACAAAACCAAUCCUUUUUGGGUUGCCUUCAAGGAAGCAACAGAUGAGCUUGGCCUAAAGAUAAUACCACGGAUUUUCCCUGGAGGUACUGAUAGUCGUUAUAUUAGAGAAAUAGGUAAACCUGCCCUUGGGUUUUCACCAAUGAACAAAACCCCAGUGUUAUUGCACGAUCACGACGAAUAUUUGAAUGAUCAGAUAUUUUUGAAAGGAAUUGAAAUUUACACCACCAUUCUGCAAAAAGUGGCAAAUGUUACGGGUUAAAACCUGACAGAGAGAUCUAAAGCGAAAGGUUUUAUUUUUGGAACAAUGAAAAAUAUGGUGUACCUACUGUAUGUUAUAAUAUGAUUUACAUUGUUUA